AGCGACUGGCGGUUUACACGUUUCGAGAAGCCGCGCUCGCGCCCCGGCUAAUUCUUUCGUGCUAGCUGAUACGUUGCAUGUUUUUAAUUCGUUUUACGGGCUACGAUAAGACGGAAUUCCUCUCAUUUAGCGCGACAGGAUUGAAAUGUUACAGUUUAGGUGUUCACCUGUCCUGAAGGAGUUGUUUCACGUGAGCUUUAAGCGUCCGUUAGUUCAUAUCGCGAGACGUAACGCGCAGGCGCUCAGCACUCAUGGCCGGCUAAUCUCGAAAAUAAACCCUUUAUGCACCUCGGGGUGUUUUUCACACUCUUCAUCAUGGACCAGAACACUCUGUACAAAGCCUGAAGGAGCGAUAGAGCCCAGCGACCAGCUGAAGAAAGAUGGUACGGUCCAGGAAGCCGCCUCGGACAAGAGAAGGAAGGCAGGGAUCAUGCCGAGUCUGGAGGAUCUGCUCUUCUACACCAUUGCCGAGGGCCAGGAGAAGAUCCCAGCCCACAAAUUUAUAACGGCGCUGAAGGCCACAGGUCUGAGAACAGGAGACCCCCGGCUGAAGGAGUGCAUGGAGAUGCUGAAGGAGACCCUGAAGUCCACGUCAGACGGAGUGAUGCUGGACCGCCACCUCUUCAAGAAAUGUGUCCAGAGCAACAUCGUGCUCCUGACCCAAGCUUUCCGCAAGAAGUUCGUCAUCCCUGAUUUCAUGGCUUUCACCUCCCACAUAGACAAGCUUUAUGACACGGGCAGAAACCUGUCCGGAGGCCAGGUGGCUGACUACAUUCCUCAACUGGCUAAGUUCAGCCCUGACCUGUGGGGCGUGGCUCUGUGCACGGUGGACGGACAGAGACACACUGUGGGCGACACCAAGGUGCCGUUCUGUCUGCAGUCGUGUGUGAAGCCGCUGAAGUACGCCAUCGCGGUGCACGACCACGGCACUGAGUACGUGCACCGCUUCAUCGGCAAAGAGCCCAGCGGCUUACGCUUCAACAAACUCUUUCUGAACGAGGAGGAUAAACCCCAUAACCCGAUGGUGAACGCCGGCGCGAUUGUGUGUACCUCUCUGAUAAAGCAAAAGGCAAGCAACGCAGAGAAGUUCGACUAUGUGAUGAACUUCCUCAAAAAGAUGGCGGGCAACGAGUAUGUGGGUUUCAGCAACGCCACAUUCCAGUCUGAGCGUGAAUCAGGCGAUAGGAAUUUCGCCAUCGGAUAUUACCUGAAGGAGAAGAAGUGUUUUCCUGAAGGUACAGAUAUGAUCUCCAUCCUGGACUUCUACUUCCAGCUGUGCUCCAUCGAGGUGACCUGCGAGAGCGCCAGCGUCAUGGCUGCCACCCUGGCCAACGGUGGCUUCUGUCCAAUCACGGGCGAGCGCGUGCUGAGUCCCGAGGCCGUGAGGAACACGCUGAGCCUCAUGCACUCCUGCGGCAUGUACGACUUCUCCGGGCAAUUCGCUUUCCACGUGGGUUUACCGGCUAAGUCGGGCGUGGCAGGUGGUAUCCUCCUGGUGGUGCCCAACGUGAUGGGUAUCAUGUGCUGGUCUCCUCCACUGGACAAACUGGGCAACAGCGUGCGAGGCAUCCAGUUCUGCACGGAUCUGGUGUCUCUGUUCAACUUCCACAACUACGACAAUCUGCGGCACUUUGCGAAGAAGCUGGACCCGCGGCGCGAGGGCGGCGAGCAGCGGGUGAGUGCGCUCUUUCGUUCUGCCCACCUAUCCGUGCCUGCAUGCCCGAUCAACGCGCUACACAGCGUCCUGUACGACAGCACACCUUUGGGCCGAUGGAUUACGAGAGUCUUCAGCAAGAGCUGGCUCUCAAAGAUUCGCUGUGGAAAAAAGUCUCGCCCACCGAGUCCAACGAAGACACUUCCACCACUGUGAUCUAUAGGAUGGAUAAAGUCGGAGAGCACGACUAAACACGCCUGCGCUUCGGCUGGAAUAAAGGGCUGUACAGGGGGGACACGCGGCGUAUUUAUUCACUGUGUUAUUUUAUUUUAUUUUAUUUUAUUGUGUCUUGGCUUGCCGCUUUGGGUGUUUUUGUUGGAUGUUUAUUUGUUUUUUUUCCUCUGUCUCUGAUUCAGAUUCAGAUGCGCCGACCAGUCUCAGAUUUUUUUUCUUUUCUGUUUCUAAAUGUUAAUAUGAAACCAAAGCGCCGGGUUCUGAACCCAGGCAGGAGUUGAGAGAAGGAGGUGCAUGGUCAGGUUACCACGCGGGAAACAGAGGUGUUACGGUCCUGACUGGCUGCUCAGCUGACACUGAUCGCUGUCUCUUCUUUGCAGCACAGUGUUGACAGACAUCAUGAGCUUUCCACACACACACGCGCACGCACACACACACACACAAGCUCCUCACAGAGUGUGUAUUGAUCAGGUGACGUCAUGGAGGUCACCCCGGCUUGCCUGCAUGACCUUCAGCUGUGCCCGUGCAGGGAGGUUUCUCUUCUCUCCUCCCUCUUUUACAUAAACCCAACACAUUUUAGCUCCAUUUAUUCACUUAUUAUUUAAUCGUAUGUUGAAAAAAAUUUUUUUUUAAACACUAUCAUUCAAAACUCGCAUAUUAGGAUCUCAGCAUGAUGACUGCGGAGACGACGAAAUGCGCUUCACUACCCCUCACUACUCACACUGAGGUUUCACGCUGGUCAUCACGUUCGAGUGCUCCAGUCCUGCAGGUGGCGCUGUUACAAAUAUCACACAUGCCUUGUUUGUAAAGACCAAUCACAGGCUUGUUCAUGUACUGUGUUCCUCCUUGGAGUUUUCUCCAGCUGCCAUGUGCAUGACACGGCGAACGAAGCUUCCACGUGACAUCCAAUUGCUUCGCAGUUACAUCAUGCUGUUCGCCAAACGUCGCCUCCUCAUGACGUAUGCUGAGGUCUUUAACUGUGUAGUUUGUGACAUUCUGAUGUAGUGGCUGCGAGGUGAACUGCAACUACACUUAAAAAAAUAAAAAAAAUCAACCACAGACUCCGCCCUCUAGUUCUCCAGUGAUGGAGUUUAGAAGCUCUGUUCCAGAUGGGGGCGGAGCUUAAUUACAACACAGCAAAAUGUUACCUGAAGCCUGAAGCGUAGAAAUGAACCAGAUUGUACUCAGGCUGUGUUCACAAGGCAAGGAGUUGUUCAUAUUUGUCAGAAAACACACGUCUGGUUUGUUGUAGGUGGAUUCUGUGGCCGAAAGCAUCGUGUUUUGGAUCGAUGUGAUUGAGUCAUGCCUCGUCCCUGACAUUUCGUUUCAGUGUUUUACAAAAUAUACAGAGAAAUAACAGUAAAAAUCUGCGUGUCUGCUAUUGGCUGAUGCGUAAUCACCUCAGAGUACCUUCCCUUACCUAUUCAACUUUUUUAAAUGAAUAACGAAUUGUAAUUUUUACACGUUGCCUUCAUUCUCAGUGUGUUGUCCAUUAACACGAUAGCGACUAUGAAAUUGCUCUUCAGGUGUUUAUGCCCUACAUCCACAGGAAGUCAGUGAGAAAAUAGGAAAUUGCGUUAAAACAUUCUCGAAGUUUACAAUUUUACCGACUUCAGAGCACGCGCUGUUACAGCAGGCUGAAAUACUGAGCUGACGUUCAGUAAAUCUUUUACUUUGUGGUUUUUUUAUGUUCGUAAUGUCAGUAAUAAAACACUUUAGACAUGCUGCUAUAGGAAAAUAAUCAACGCCGGGGUAGUGUGAUGCGUUACCACCCUGAAGGUAAAUAUUUUCUGGUAAGAUAAUACUAUAAAAAAGGCAGCUUGUUAUGUUACAGAGAAACCGUAACGUUGUUACAGCUUUACCUCUGACACUGGAGACUCCUUCCAUAAAUGUUACACAUCUCCUUGCUUUAAAAAAAAAAAAAAACUUCACCAUAUCAAAGAUUACACACAUUAUUUAAUCUGUUUAUUAUUAAUUCAAUUAUUUAUUUGUUUAGCGCUUUUAACAAUGGACAUUGUCGCAAAGCAGCUUUACAGAAAUAUAUAAAUUCUGGAUAUAAAUUUUAAAUGUAAAAAAUUUGUCCCUAAUGAGCGAGCCAGAGGUGAUGGUGGUGAGGAAGAACUCUCCGAGACGACAUUAGUGAAGAAGCCGUGUGUUAGUGAAGCUUUCUCCGUACUGUACACGUCCCUGUGAAUGAGCUGCUGCUAUAGAAACGAUAACGUAUUAGAACAAGCGCGUUAUUAUAAACCUGCACUACUGUCAGAGCUGCUGUUCUAGAAAAUUCAUCAACACCAGGAUUCAACAGAACUGUGCACUACGUCAAACACAAGCACGUGCAGAAUCGAUGCUUGACUACGCCACAUUAAAGAACCGAAUAUCCAUUCCUUAACAAAUAUUAAAAUUAGACACUUCGCUGAAACAGUGUUCGUGUUGAAUUCAGUUCAGACUUGUGUUUUUAUGACCUUGUGAACGCAGCCUCGAAUUUUUUUUUUCUAAAAGUGCAGAAAGAAUCCAAACAGCACCUUUAAGCCAUAGCGUUAGUCUCUACAGCUAUUUGUUGAAAAGAAGCAACGUUUUUGAUGUGUGUACGUGAAGAAGGAUGUUAUGUUGCUUAUGAGAUAUCGUUUGACAGCGUAAUGGAGCUGAUGAAAUAAGAGCAAGGCUGCGUUUGGGAUCUGAUUGUUGAUUAGUACUUCUCUGGCUCUGCUCCCAGAGUGUGUAUCGAUCAGCGUGGUGAGGUUCAGUCAGACUCGUCCAGGGCCAAGCUCAAACGUUUCAGCUUUCCCUGAGCCUGCCAUCGCAUCAGUGAUGAAGAGAAAUCUUUCCAAUACUGUGCUGAUUUACUCAUACUCGUAAAAAUGCUCCAAUGCCAACACCUGACGCAGUGUGACGUCGUCUGUCUAAUAAACUGACGUCACAGAAAGACAGCGAUCUGGACGUAUUUCACGAUUAAUGAAUAAAGCAGACUGCACACUGCGCUCUGUGAAAAUAUCUAAAGCGUCUAGCUACAGAACAAGCGAUAAAACAUCUUUAAGCUAAAACUCAGAACGAGGAGUUCAACACUAGGAAAGAGGAAUGUCUACAGUCAGUGCUAGGUGUGUGAAAAUACAAACACUUCCCCGGUAUGAUGAUGUUUGACAAUCAGUCGCUAUCGGUAAUCGACAGUGAGGGAUUCUUACGCAACUGAAACACAAACGUACUUUUCCGAAGUGAAACAAAACCCGCUCUUCUCCAACCUUACUCCAUCCAAGCUAACAAAUGUAGCUAGCUAAUGCACUUCAUUUUUAUUAAAAUCAACUCACUAGCUUUAUAAAGAUAUAAGAACGAUAUUUAAACAUAAACAGAGCUAAAUGAAAUGCAUCAUGUGACAUCCCUGAUUGAUUCAUACUCAGUCUAAAAAAAAAAAAAAAAAAAAAAAACACUAGAAUUAUCACUAGUUUUUCACUAAUAUUUGCUGAUUGUGUGUUUGAAUCGCACAGGUUUGAACGCGUUUCUGUUGAAACCUGGUGCUAUAAAGAAGCUCAGGCUCAUAAUUCCGCUCAUGAAGAAGCGCAUUUUUAAUUUUCCCAGCUCUGUGGUUGCGUUAGAGAUGCGAUCAGUCAGCGUUCAGCACCCAGCUCACGGUCCGACUUUCUCCUCUCCAAAUAUCUGCCCUUGACACUGACCCGCUUUUUGCACAUAACUGAGCCGAGGCCUUAGAUCUCAUGCUGCUUAGCUACUUUAAAGCAUGUUUUCAUGUUCUGCACUGUUACAGCUUUUCUCAUUCAUCGCACCUUCACGUGUUGAUGCCCGACAUGUUGGAUGGAUCAAUCAGGAAGCGCAGAAACAGCAUAGUAUCAUGAAUACGUAUUUUUUUGUAGCUUUUAAUGUUAUUUAACAGCCUCAGUUCUGGAGUUUGAACAUAAUUCCUGAAAAAUGAAGCAAUUCCUGAUUGAGCCUUUAACUGUGAAUUAUUACUGUUGCAAGAAAAAGCAGAAUCGCAGAUUUAAUUUAUGGGAUUGUGUCACUUUCUUGCAACAGUAACGAAACGAACGGCAGCCACAAGGCGAGCGAUGUAAGUGUUACUUUAUUUUAUUUUUUUCUUUUCGAGCAUGUGUGUGUGUGUGUACGUGUGUGUGUGUGUGUGUGUGUGUGUGUUUAUUUUCACGGGAAUGUACAAUAUUGUUUCUGUAUUAUUUCUCCAUGCUGAGUAUGUCGUUAACACACCUCACUGCUGUCAUUAUUUACUCUGUGUAUGUGUGUAAACAGAACUGGAUUGAGUGUGUGUGUGUGUGUGUGUGUGUGUGUGUGUGUGUGUGCGCUGUUAUCCCAUCUCACACUCUCUAGCGAGACAGUGCGACGGGAUUGUUCUGUUUUUAACUGGAGCAGGAUGUAUUGAUUACUUGAACAGGGGAAUGUGAUCCCUUCUCUAUGUUACUAACGUGACUACUCCUGUUGAAAGUGAUAAACAGUAAUGCUGAUCAUCUGUCAGCACGCAAAAGACAUAUUUAUAUACAUUUAUAUAAAUAUAAACAUGCUUUCCUUAUAGAAUUAUUAUUCAAGUAUGUCAUGGAUGCUCUCACUAGCAGUAUUGCUUUCUCUCUGGCUGUUCACUUUCAUUUGCUGGCUGUUCAUUUUGGAUUAUUUUAUUUUAAUAAACUUGUGUAAACCCAUCUCAUCUGUUAUCUCAUGGCUUUUUUUUUUCAUUUGUUUGUUAGUUUUUUUUUUCUUAAUCAUCCUUGUCUCAUCUCCAUUGUCCAAACUCUAAACAGCAGCUUUGAGGACAGAUAUUACUGCUGAAUAAAUAGCUGAAAGAGUUUACAGUGUUGCUGUAUUAAUGAUGGAGGUUCCAGUGUUACAGCUCAGGUUCUUGUGCAUCGCCUUGUUAUUCUCUUAAAUAAACAAGCUGGAUAACUGAA